UUUGUCACCACAUUGGUGAUUUUAUUUAUACUUAGCAACUGUUUUUUGACUAUACAGCUAGUUAUUUUUCUGGCAACUACACCAAACUGGGACUAUUUUGUCGACAUUUCUCCUACCAACCGGCGAAAUGAUUGUCGUUGGACCUGCAACGUGGCAAUCGAAUCACAGCAUUUCACCAAUGAAUCAGCUUCUAUGCUGCUUAAGGUACUAUGCCAGUGCAGGUCAUAUUAGGCAAACUGCUUAUUUUAUGGGAAUGCAUGCAAGUACAGCUUGCAGAAUUGUUGGAAGGGUAUUAAGAACUAUUCUUACUUAUUCCCAAGUUAUGUCAAAAUUCAAUUAUUUAAUUGUAACACAGGAUAUUGAAAUGCCUACAAUACAGAAUCACAAUGUCAAUACUGCUCAAGAAUAAAUGAUUAAUUAUUUUGGA